AUGCCGCUCUGCCUCCCCCUGUCUGUCCUAAACUUCUCGUCUCCAGGCCUGCGGCCUGACCGGUGGCCCCGCGUUUCUCUUCCAGCCUCGGUCGCCCAGUGGCAGCAGGAAGGCCGGGUCGCCGUCUGGCUCCACGUUCCCAUCCUCCAGAGCGGGCUGGCGGCCGUGGCCGCGUCGCAGGGCUUUGACUUCCAUCACGCGGAGUCGGGCUCGGCCACCCUGACGCGGUGGCUGGGCGAGGGGCCCAGCAGGCUGCCCGCCUUUGCCAGCCACCAGCUGGGAGUCGCAGGUGCUGUAUUGGAUGAAAACAAUGGAAAGGUGCUGGUUGUACAAGACAGAAAUAAGACCAUAAGUGGAUGGAAAUUCCCAGGAGGUCUGUCUAAUCCUGGUGAAGACAUUGGAGACACGGCAGUUCGAGAGGUUUUUGAAGAGACUGGCAUCAAGUCAGAGUUCAAGUCCAUCCUAAGCAUAAGACAGCAACACAAACACCCUGGAGCCUUUGGGAAGUCAGACAUGUACAUCAUCUGUCGCCUGCAGCCCUCCUCCUUCACCAUCAACUUCUGCCAGCAGGAAUGCUUGCGGUGUGAGUGGAUGGACCUGGACGAGCUUGCCAGGACAAAACAUGCUACUCCCAUCACGAGCAACGUAGCUAAGCUGUUACUUUAUGGAUACCGGGAAGGGUUUGAUAAAAUUGAUAUAAGCAUGAGAGAGUUUCCAGCUGUUUACACAGGCCGCUUCUACAAACUAUACCACAGGGAGCUGCCUGAAUCCUACAGAAACAUUACAUGAUAGCAACAAAUUUCACAUAAUUAUAUUAAUAAUUUAAAAUUUUUAUUCAGAGUUACUUAGACCAUAUUGAAAUUAUUUGUGGACUUAUUUUUGAGAAGAAAAAAAAAUCAGUAUUUAUUCUCUAAUAAGCUACAGAUAUAUAAAUUAUUUUAAAUGGCAAGUUUUCCUGUUAGCGUGCAUCAGUUAGUUUCCCUUUACUCUGUAAAGUGAAUAUAAAGUAAAUAAAAUAGCUCUAUAGAAAUCUCUAGCAGAAAAUAGAGGUGUUACUGAUCCUGAAAAUAGAUUCUCUACAUAAUUUUACCUCCACACACACUGGCACAAUAGGUUUACAGAGCAGUAUGAAGACAGGAAGAAACAUUCAUGUUUUAACCUUUCUGCAAAAGUAGCUGAUAUCAGCAAACAACAGCUUCUAUUUUUACUAGUUUGGUGAGGAGCAAGAAACUCUGCCUCUUAAAGUGUAGUGUGGCAUACGUUCAGAACCCACCCUGCAAAUCAGCUUUUAGCAGACAUUGGAAGAAAAAGGAUAGCUUUCUGUCCAGGUCCAGUUUUUGGUCCGGGUUUGUACUGUCCAGUUCUUUUCAGUGCCACAUACCAAUCAGAGUACUUCCGUGACCGGUAAGUGUUAUAGUUAUUAGAUUCCAAACGCUCAAAAAAGAAACAUUCUUCUGUUGCACAUUUCUGAAAGAGAAAAAGAAAGGGAUUAUUUGAUACUUCAUCACAACCCAGCACUUGGUCUGAUUUACAGGACUAACUUAUGAUAUUAACUUAGCAGUACAUUCAGAUUUAAGAAAUUUGUAUGAAAUGUUUCAUGCUUAAAGAAAAAUACAAUAACUGUUAAUGUAGUGUUUAAAACACCUACAAAAAUAAUUUUUAACUAUGACUCAUUAAUUGUCUUUAAUAAAGGCAAAGCAGAUUCUA